UAACACUCUGCAAAUGAACCGGUUUUCUUCCCUCUUUAACUUUCAGUUCUGUUCCGUAAACCUAACUCUCGACCAAACUCUUCCUUCUUAUUCUUCCCAUCGCUGCCACCUGUCUUUAGCCAAUUGGCCGCGGCAAUUUUCUUUAAACGGUCGCGUUGAAUCUCCGAUAUUGUUAUCGGGCGGUUUGUUGUCAGCCAGGCUGGGUUCGUAACUCGACCAGGCUAUGGCGCUUGAAAUCGUACGCGCCAGUCCCGCACAGUUUGGUCAUGAUGUAAGAUGUGGAAUGAAUUAGUAGAAGAAAAGAAAUUAGGUUUAUGUGUGGGUGCCAAUUUGUUGAAGAACGAUAGUUCUAAACCCAGUCAGUAAGGAGAAGAACUGGGAAAAUCAAUGGCGGUUUUGCAUUCGAAUCUCCGGAUAAUUAUUCCUUUUUACUUCAAUUUUGACAAUAAUUAGAAAAGGAAAGACAUUGAUUAGUGAAUUGAUUCGGUUUCUCGAAAUGUGGCCCGACCACGCCACCACCAGGUCCACCACCACCAUCAUAUCAAACCAAAACCAACCUGUCACUGUCCUUUUCUUGUCUUUUAAAAGGAGCGGUACACAAAACCCACCACAUCACACUUCAUUUCUCCUUUCAAAAAAAAUUAACUAGAAAAAUCUGCAGCCAUGGCCACAGCCAUCUCCAUUAAUUCAGCUCUUCCUUGCCAAAGGUUAUUGGGAAAGGUAGCCCUGGUGACAGGCGGAUCGACUGGGAUAGGAGAGAGCAUUGUACGUCUAUUUCACAAGCAUGGAGCGAAAGUUUGUAUAGUUGAUUUGCAGGACAGCCUUGGACAGAAUGUGUGUGAAUCGCUUGGCGGGGAGCCUAAUAUUUGUUAUUUCCAUUGUGAUGUCAGCGUAGAAGAUGAUGUUCGACGUGCAAUUGAUUUCACGGUUGAAAAAUUUGGAAGUUUGGAUGUUAUGGUCAAUAAUGCAGGUUUGUCGGGUCCGCCAUGUCCGGACAUUCGGAAUUCAGAAUUAUCAGAUUUUGAGAAAGUGUUUGAUGUAAAUGUGAAGGGUACAUUUCUAGGAAUGAAGCACGCGGCACGAAUUAUGAUUCCGCUUAACAAAGGUUCAAUUGUUUCUCUGUGCAGUGUGGCAAGCACUAUUGGUGGCCUAGGUCCUCAUGCAUAUACUGGGUCUAAGCAUGCUGUAUUGGGACUAACCAGAAAUGUGGCAGCUGAGCUUGGAAAAUACGGAAUUCGGGUGAAUUGUGUUUCUCCGUACGCUGUUCCGACAAAUUUGGCAUUGUCUCAUUUACCUGAGGACGAGCGAACUGAGGAUGCCAUAGCUGGUUUUAGAGCAUUUGCUAGAAAGAAUGCUAAUUUGCAAGGUGUGGAAUUGACAGCCGAUGAUGUUGCCAAUUCCGUGCUGUUCUUGGCGAGUGAAGAAUCAAGGUGCAUUAGUGGCACUAAUCUAAUGAUCGAUGGGGGAUUUACAACAUCCAAUCAUUCACUCAGGGUGUUCAGAUGACCAACUUCAUGAAUUAUGUUAGCAUUUCUUACAGAACUAUUAUUUUUCUCUUCACUAAAGCAAUUUAUCAGCUGCCUAA